CGAGAACGGCUCUCCCCCCACCCCCCCGCGGAAGUGACGUGGGCCGUGCGCCCUGGGCGUGAUGGAGCAGCAGCAGCAGCAACUGAGAAACUUGCGAGACUUCCUGUUGGUCUACAAUCGGAUGACAGAACUGUGCUUCCAGCGAUGUGUGCCCAGCCUGCACCACCGAGCUCUGGACGCUGAGGAGGAGGCCUGCCUGCACAGCUGUGCUGGGAAACUCAUUCAUUCUAACCACCGCCUCAUGGCCGCUUACGUGCACCUCAUGCCCGCCCUGGUCCAGCGCCGCAUCGCGGACUACGAGGCUGCCUCGGCCGUGCCAGGUGUUCCUGCAGAACAGACCAGAGACUCGCCAUCAGGCAGCUAGCCGUCCCUGACCCCAGGACAGAAGGUGCUUGGAUGGGCUCCUCUGUGGACCUUGGGCUUAUCUAAAUGUGGACAGAGAGAUUGAGCUUGAAAGCUGGGUGUUGUUGCUCCUUUUCUUGGAGCCAAUAAACCCGUUUUUAUUUUCUGGUUAAUUUUCUGGGCAAGAACUUUUGUUUAUUGGUACUAUCCUUUAUUCUGUCAUUUAGUGCCUGUGUAUUGCCUUUAGCCCUGGCGGUUGAUGUAUUACUGCCUUCUUGUAUGUAGAAGGACAAAUUCAGCAUUCCCAGCACCCCAGCAAAAGCAGGGAUUAUGGGUACAGUUUUAAGGUUGCUAAUAGCAAAGAGAAAUUGGUUCCAAAAGGAGAGCUCUCGGUGGCUGUCCUUGGGUCUAACUUAAGGAGCUGAAUAUACAUUGGCUCAUAACUAGUUUUUAUUCUCAGCUUUCAAAUAAAAAGAAUUGCUGUGGAUCUAGGGGAAGGAGGUAAUACCAAACAACAAAAGCAGGAAGAAAACAGUGCCCCCUAGGCUUCAGCCACUGCUUCCUAGGAGAUCAGUGACCACAGAACAAAGACAAGCCUCUAAGAAUUCAGGAAUGUUGACCACUUCGCCAAUUUACUCUCGUAGGAUUUCCUGCCUUUGUGAAAUUAGCAAUAAAGACUUUAAACAAAGAAGGGCUUUCUUGUCUUCAGAGUCAGGAAGACAGCUUUAGUCAACCUUCAAAAAGAGAAACCUGAGGGAGAGAGAGAUGGUGUUAGGGAGAAAUGGCUAGAUACAGUCUGUGACCACCCUUUACCCCCAUGCUUCCUCAGUGUUCACUGCUUUCUAAUCUAGUUUUCCUCGCCUCCGCUUUACAGUAUUCUCACUACAACUACUCUGAUGCCAGCUUCUCUAUUCUUGUUUUAUUACUCCAUCCCUUUUUGUGGGAUUCAGACCUGUAUUCAGAAGUCCUUUCUUGCCAGCUGCCAUUUCCAUGACUUCAUUCCUAGUGUGGAGAUGGGAAAGGAAGGAGGAUGUGGCAUGUACCACCACUUGGAGCUUCAAGGAUAACACAGCCUGCAGGGCAAGCGACAGCAUGGGGUCUGCAUUUAUUACUGUUUUACAGGAGAUUAAACUUGUGUUUGCCAGGCAGGAACUCCUAACAACUAAGCUACCCCCUUCCUCUUCACUGCUUCCCUUAAUCCCAUCCCAUCCCCUCCAGUAUUGCAACUGGUGGCCAGCUUGCUUGCUUGCUUGCUUGCUUGCUUGCUUUCUUUCUUUCUUUCUUUCUUUCUUUCUUUCUUUCUUUCUUUUUUUUUUUUACAGAGGAAUUAAAUUCCCUGUCAAAACCAACCAUUCACAGAGCAGAUUCUCUGCCCUCCCCCCACCUAUAGGUCAGAAAUAUCUAUCUAUCUAUCUAUCUAUCUAUCUAUCUAUCUAUCUAUCUAUCUAGUGAAAAUCCUAACUAAAGAUGACCUUGAGCCGGGCAGUGGUGGCUCACGCCUUUAAUCCCAGCACUUGGGAGGCAGAAGCAGGCAGAUUUCUGAGUUCGAGGCCAGCCUGCUCUACAGAGUGAGUUCCAGGACAGCCCUGGCUAUACAGAGAAACCCUAUCUCGAAAAACAAAACAAAAACAAAAAAAGAUGACCUUGAACUCCUGACCCUCCUGCCUCUACCUCCCAAGUGUUGCCCCCCACCCCCAAAUUGAAAAUUUUAGUCAACUCCAUAUUGAGAGGCAGAUUUUGCUCCAAGGCUUGUUAUGAUUGCCUGUAAUCCUAGCAUGUAACAGGCUGAAAAUUAUGAGUUUGAAAGCAGUCUGCGCUGUUGUAUCAAGACAAUAAAGUGCAGCCUGAUGUUUUUUGCACUACAACAGGCUGCUUCUUUAAUCAUGUCUGUUGAGUUAUUUUGUAUACAUCUAUCAUACUUACUCCUUUUAAUUGCAAAACUAGGAGGUAGUAUUUUUCAUUAAAGAGGUAAAGAAGGAAGAAAACAGACCGUAGGAGAGCCUUGUCUUAUUCAGUUCUUAAAAAGCAGAUUUGGUGUGUCACUGCUUUUUUCUUUCUCUCUCUCCCUUCUCUCUCUCUCUCUCUCUCUCUCUCUCUCUCUCUCUCUCUCUCUCUCUCUCUCUCUCUCUCUCUCUCUCUCUCUCUCUCUCUUUCUCUUUUUCUUCCCCCUCCCCCCUUUCCUUUUAGGUGGCUUUGCUGUGGGCCCAUUGGCCUUCAACUUUGAUCCUCCUAUCUCAGUCUUCUAGGUACUGGAAUUACAGACAUGGGCUACAACUGGUUGCUAGAUAAUUCUUUAGGCAUAUAAAAAUUGCUGACCGGGAGCUUCCCUAAAGAGUGACCUGUCUGCAUGAUUAGUUUCACUCCUUGACAAGUACAAACGUGAAUAGAGCAGCUUGCUUAAUUCCCAAACGAGGAAGGCGGAGACCAGGAUGUUUUGUGGCUGCUGAGAGAGCUCUGCAUCAGCAUCUGUAUGUAUCCUUUCAAUAAACAUGUGCUAUGA